CGAGGCCUGUGUUUUCUGACUGCAGCCUCCUUCCUGUAGCCCGGUUGAGGAAGUGAAUUUCGCUGACAGGGCUGGGUUCAGUGAGGGAGAGGCGAACAAAACAGCUUCCGUGGGGGACUAUAAAAACAACACAAGAAGAAGAGACGCGAGGAGUGAUCUUUUGAACCGUAGUAAAGCUAAGGUGUACAGUCAUCGUGCUCCCCUGCCCCGCCGAGACCGCCGCAGACAUGAACGACCAGCAGCUGGACUGUGCUCUGGACCUGAUGAGGCGUCUGCCUCCUCAGCAGAUCGAGAAGAACCUCAGCGACCUGAUCGACCUGGUGCCCAGUCUGUGUGAGGACCUCCUCUCCUCUGUGGACCAGCCCCUGAAGAUCGCCCGGGACAAGGUGGUGGGGAAAGACUAUCUGCUCUGCGAUUACAACCGAGACGGCGACUCCUACAGAUCCCCGUGGAGUAAUAAGUAUGAACCUCCCAUUGAAGACGGUGCAAUGCCUUCAGCUCGCCUGAGGAAACUCGAGGUCGAAGCUAAUAACGCCUUUGACCAGUACAGAGACCUGUACUUUGAGGGCGGCGUGUCCUCUGUGUACCUCUGGGACUUGGAUCAUGGCUUCGCUGGAGUUAUUCUCAUCAAGAAGGCCGGGGAUGGAUCCAAGAAGAUCAAAGGGUGCUGGGACUCCAUCCAUGUGGUGGAGGUGCAGGAGAAGUCCAGCGGUCGUACUGCUCACUACAAACUCACCUCCACCGUCAUGCUGUGGCUCCAGACAACCAAGACCGGCUCCGGCACCAUGAACCUGGGCGGCAGUCUUACUAGACAGAUGGAAAAAGACGAGACAGUUGGAGAGUCCUCACCCCACAUCGCCAACAUUGGCCGCCUUGUCGAAGAUAUGGAGAACAAGAUUCGCUCCACACUGAAUGAAAUCUACUUUGGGAAGACCAAGGACAUCGUCAACGGCCUAAGGAGUGUUCAGACUCUGGCUGACAAGUCAAAGCAGGAGGCUCUGAAGGUCGACCUGAUGGAGGCACUCAAACGCAAACAUACCAGCUAGAGUUGCUACUGUUUUUUGUUUCUUUCUUCCGUCUCUCACUCUCUCUGCCUCAUCUCCGCCAUCUUUUCUCUGUUUCUUUACUUCUCUCCCUCCACGCCUGUUUCACUGCUGCACUCUUGUUUGUUUGUGAAAAAACUAAAAAGGAGAAAAUGCAUAGCUUUUUAUUUGUUUUUGUUUUUUUUCCGUCUGGUUUUGUUUUCAUGCAUCUCAUCUGCCACGUUCACUCGCGCUCCCUCUGUCUCUCUUCACCCCUCUCUUUUCUCUCCCAUGUUAUGGAUAUGAUGAUAGUAUUACCACAGUUAAUGAUAAUCUUACAGUGUGAGGGUCAUUGUAGUAAUAAUCCCACAUAUUCUCACAGCUGAUGUGAUUGAUUUUUGGCCCAGCUCUUCCUCUUCCUCGAAACGGACACGGUGCUGUAGGUGGCGUAGGCUCGACGGGGCUGUCAUUAUUAUGUACAUCAAAUUUAUUUCAAGCACCUACUUUUGUCUACGACACCACCCUGAUAUAUUUGUAUAAAAUUAUUACUGUCGGUGUAUAACUUUCAUUCUUAUGGUUAUUGAACGUGUAACCACGAGGGCGGCCUUCGGUUUGUGUUACAAUCUUUUUACUCUUUACUCCACUCUGUCCGCAUGCAUGUGAGCCUGUGUGGGGCUGCAGUGAGUGGAAAUGUGGACUUAUCAAACAUGGGGGAUGGACUGUUAUAAUCACCGGGUGAUUACACCCACAACGUCAACAACCCCCCCCCCCCCCUUACACUGUGUAUAACAUGACAUGCCUCCCCUCUGUUCAGCUUAUUCAACUUUUCUCUCUCCUCACCUACUACGUCUUUGUUGGGGGUCACAGUUUGUCAUUGUGUCUCAGUGGAAACCUUUCUGUUUCCAUUUUUGAGGGGAAUCUUUUUGUUGUAUUUUUGUUUUGUUUUUAUUUUGUAAAGCUUAUGAUUCAUAUUGUAUUAGAGCCUCCAGCAACAAUAAAAACAGUAAAAAGCUC